UUCCUUACGGGUUCAAUCUGAAGAUCUUGCAGUUGUUGCCAUGGCUUUGUUGAAUGAUUUAUGGUGCCAAGUUGGGAUAUAAAGCGAUCAUGCUGCUUUGACUGGGGCUGUAGAAGCAGUUGUGCUCACAGAAAGGGAACCAGAUGGAUUUCGUCUACAGCUUUGGUGUGCUGGUUAUACAGCACCUGCAGAGCAACUACAGGGAAUAUCAUGACUUCCUCAACUUCAUGUCAACAGUGGGGGACCCUCGCAAUAUUUUCUCUGUCUAUUUCCCCCUCUGGUUCCAUCUCAGUCAUAAUGUGGGCACCAAGAUGAUAUGGGUGGCUGUUGUUGGAGACUGGUUCAAUCUUAUUUUCAAAUGGAUUCUGUUUGGACAGCGGCCUUACUGGUGGGUGCAAGAAACUCACUUCUACCACAAUGAUUCGAUACCACAUUUGAAGCAAUUUCAUACAACUUGUGAAACAGGGCCAGGUAGUCCAUCUGGUCAUGCCAUGGGCUCAUCAGGUGUCUGGUAUGUGAUGAUCAUCUCUGCUCUAAACUUUGCCCGACCCACCAGUGUCUCAUCUGUUGGGAAUUUUCAGAGGUUUCGUCUUCUGAGAUCCUGUUUGUGGAUGGCCUUCUGGGUCAUUCAGAUAAGUGUUUGCAUCUCAAGGGUUUUCAUUGCAACACAUUUCCCACAUCAGGUCAUUCUUGGUCUUUUCAUUGGUAUGUUGGUUGCUGAGGCGUUUGAUCACAUCCCCUCAGUCUACAACGCAAGCUUGAAAGUGUACCUGCAGGCCAAUGUUUUCCUUUUAUCUUUCGCUGUUUGCUUUUACCUGCUGCUCCAACUGAUGGGCGUCGAUCCUCUGUGGUCAGUGGCUAAAGCCAAGAAGUGGUGUGCUAAUCCAGACUGGAUCCACCUCGACACCACACCUUUUGCUGGUCUGGUGAGGAACCUGGGAGCUCUGUUCGGUCUCGGCCUGGCGGUGAACUCGGAGAUGUUCGUUCAAAGCUGUAAGGGCAAGAAUGGCUACAAAGCUGUAUUUAAGCUCAUGUGUGUUACUGCAACUCUCACAUUUCUGCAGCUGUAUGAUUUCAUCAAAAUGCCAACUCACACCGAGGCUCUGUUUUACACUCUGUCAUUUUGCAAAAGUGCUUCAAUACCUCUGGGUGUGGUCGCUGUCAUUCCUUACUGUGUUCAUUUGCUGAUCAGAGAUGAGGAGCGGAAGCUGGCUUAGACCUUGAAUGAAAUAUGAAGUUCAGUUACAGUGUCUCAGAUACUUUUUAUUUAGCAUUGAAGAAUAUGAAAUGGUUGUGUUGGCAGACAGGUGAGUACAUAAGUGCAACCUGUUACAGUUAUUCACUUACUGCACAGUCUCUCAUAAGCACUGAAACUACAAAAUAGUUACAUUACUGUGUUCAAAUAGUAAAUGUUUGUAUUUUGCUUAGUUUGAACAUAAAGCAUGGUGUGUGUCCUGUCUGAGUUUUUGUUCUUUACAUGAUGUUUGUUUUAUAUUUGCAGCAUAACUAAGUAUAUGUAUGUAUAUGUGAAAGGCUGUUUGGAAUUUGUAGUUUUCUUAAUAAAGAAUUUUUUUCAGAAUGUUA